AUGGCAGUAAUGACAUCAUCUGUCGACAAAGUCAACCUUGAUCUCAAGGCGACAUCGUAUCCGUCGACAGACGCCAUGGCCCUGGACAAUGAGACGAACGGCGUCCAUGACGUUCUGUUCGACGAACCCGAGACUCGCCCUGUGGAAGAAUCCACAAAACCCGCCGAUGAAUCUGUACCACAAGCUGCCGUGAAUGGCAACCACGAUGCGACCGCUUCAGACGUAGCAACCACAGAGCCGGUCAAGACGGAAACGCAAACGGAAGCGUCGGAUAACAUUGCAGAGCCUCCCGCAGGAGUUGACGCUUCAGCAUCCCUACUCCCCGACAGCCAAACGGAGGUCAAGCCUCUGCUGAAUGAUCCCGAAGUAGCUACAACAGUCCCUCUCGCGGUUGAAGCUCCUGUGUCAGAUGUGAGAGACGAAGCCGGCCCAGAACCCGCGACACAAACAACAGAAUCCGUUGCCACCACACAAUCAACAGGUGGAAGCACACAGCAAGUACCCGAGACACAACUCCCAGAAGCCACAAUCACGCCGGAUUCCAUGGAAACUUCUCAGGAAGCAGCUCCCCAGGACAUUCCCGCAUCUUCAGUUGAGAGCGCACCCACCAAACCCAUGACCGAGCUUUCCAUCCAGACAGAACCCGCUGCGCCCACUGGUGACUUGGAAAUGGAAGAUGCGCCGAUAUCUGGAAAGGUCCGAUCUCGUGAGGAGGACGACGAGGAUGGCGCGCCAGAUGCCAAGCGCACGAGGACUGAAGCGGAGGGCACUGAAUUCAAGGUGCCAGAGGUCCCAGUCCACACAGAGCAGACCAACGGUGACGGCGCUGCUCCAGUGACUGCACCUGCACCUGCCCCUACGCCUGCGGCUGUCCCCCAACCACAAGGCGUGACGGUUGAUGUUCAGUCGGCUGUCGACGCGGCUGAUUGGCCUCUUGACCCCCUCACGACCGCACAAAAUAAUUUCUUGAGAGAACGAAUCCGGAACACGAAGAAGAUCAAGGUCGCUGGUGCUUUCAAGGAGCCUGUGAAUGCGGACUUGUUGAACAUUCCAAAUUACCCGCUGAUCGUCAAAAAUCCUAUGGAUCUCGGAACCAUGGAGACCAAGUUGAAGGAGAACCGAUAUCCCUCCCUGCGCAGCUUCAUGGAGGAUUUGGAUCUCAUCGUCAACAACACAUUGGCCUUCAACGGCAAGGAACAUCCCGUCACGCAAGCAGGCUACAACAUGCGAGCGUACUUCUUGAAGGGAAUGAACAAGAUGCCCAAGAUAGGCGUGGCAGAGCCCAUCAAGCAGCCCAAGCCGAAGAAGGUCUCCACCUCAAGCGCCAGCAAGCCGCGUCGGGAGUCAAGGGGUCCUUCUGCUCCAUCGCCCACCGCCCCUGCGCCCACGGCAGUGUCACCUUCAGCCACGGCGUGGCCACUGAAGCCGGAUGGCACUCCAGUGGUGAGGAGAGAUUCAACAACCGCCGAUGGUCGGCCGAAGCGCGAAGUACGGCAGCCUCCUUCCAAGGAUCUUCCCUACAACAGCGCCAAGCCCAAGAAGAAGAAGUACCAGCAAGAGCUCAAGUUCUGUGAGAGCAUCAUCACGGAGCUCAUGAAGCAGAAGUACUGGAAGUUCUCCGCACCCUUCUUGGCACCGGUCGACCCUGUCGCUCUGAGGAUUCCCUCGUACUGGACCAUCAUCAAGAAGCCCAUGGACUUUGGAACCAUCGAGAAGAAUCUCAAGGAUGGACAGUACCAAAGCGCCAAAGACUUCUACAACGACGCAAAGCUGGUCUUCCACAACUGCUACAAGUUCAAUCCCGAAGGCGAUGAAGUCAACAGGAUGGGCAAGCAGAUGAACGACCUCUUCGACCGACUCUGGAAGGAAAAGGCAGAUUGGCUCGCUCAACACGCGCCCGAGCCGCAUUCCGGUGCCGUGUACUCCGAGGAGGAGGAGGAAGAAGAGGAAGAGGAGGAGGAGAUCGACCCCGCCCAGGCACAGAUCCUCGCCAUCCAAGAACAGAUUGCCAAGCUCAACGAGACGGCACAAAGCUUGUUGCAGCAACAGCAGCACAAGCGGCCAUCUCCCAAGGCUUCGUCCAAGAAGAAGGCUGCAAAGGUCCCGGGCAAGAAGAAGACUCCUCUCGCCGUGCCUCCCCCUCCGAAGACGGCCAAGUCCAAGCCGAAGGUCAAGGCUCCGGCUCCUCUGUCUUUCGCGCAGAAACAGGAGAUCUCCGAGGGCAUCAGCACCUUGGGCGACGCAGAGAUGCGAAAGGCUGUCCAGAUCAUCCGCAACGGCUGUCCACAUCUGGCACACGUUAACGACGAAGAGAUGGAACUCGACAUGGACGAGAUUGGCGAUGACACGCUCCGCGAACUGUUCAAGUUCAUCAAGCAAGUCAAGGGACCCAAGCAUGCCUCCGUCGACGAGGAGUAUGAGCCCCAGCGCGUCCAGAAGACCACGACCGCCUCCAGGCCCAAGAAGAACAAGCCGAUGGGCAAGCAGGAACAGGAGGACAGCAUCAAGAAGAUCCAGGAUCAGCUGAAACACUUCAACGAAGCAAGCGGCUCAGGAUCUAGUCAAUCACCGCCUGCAAAUCAUGACGAAUCCAGCGAUGACGAGAGCAGUGGCUCCGAGAGUGAAGAGGAAUGA